AUGACCGCUACCGACAUGUCUGACCAAAUACUAAAUGUGAACGAGAUCGCGAACGACACUACAAUCGAGAGAAGUGCACUUGAAAGGAAGGUUAAGGAUAAGAUUGGGAGAAACGUUACGUUGGAUACCAAUAUAGCCAUAAUUGAAGCUCUACAAAGCGUAACUUCGCUUGUGGUGCCUGCUCUACUGCUGAAGGUACAUGGAGGAGCAGGCGCCGUCUACAUCCACGACGAGUCUGCAGAGCUCGUUGACAGAGUGAAAACCGGGCCUGACGAACGGCAAAACUUCCAGAUCAUUUUACUCAAGGAAGGCCAGAACUGCCGCUUCUACGGGCGUCCCACUGUUUGGUACUUCAGAAUUUCCGAAUAG